AUGCACAAAUGUCUUGACCUCUCCAGAUUGCCCAAAGCUCCAGGUCUUCGUUCAAUCAACCGUCGCAAUGUAACACCCGGCUCCCCUCUUCCAUUACUUUUCCCUGGUACGGCGCCCUACAACCCCGCCCGCACCGUCGACCCAACGCACCCCGCCACCCGGUGGAAAGCCCAAGCAUUUCCACAUUUCUCCUGUCCCGCAUUCACGCUACGCGCCGUACCCAAAGGUGCACUUCCACUCCCAGAUUCCCGGGGAUGCGCGUCUCAGGCGGAACGCUCUCCUAUGGUGCUGCACACUGACAGGAACCGGAAGAACGGUCCCAAGAGCUUAGACAUGAGCAUAUUCUUCAUGAUUGCGAAAAAGAAGACGGAUAAACGGGCGGUGGUGCGCAACAGGAUCGCGAUGCGCAUCAGGUCUGCGUUUGAGCUUAUUGUUGCCCGGGGUGCUGAUGCUGAGCCGAAAGACAACGUGGAAGGCAGGCGAGUGAGCAAGGAGCCUGAGCCUGGGCUUGGGCCUGGGCCUCAAGAAUCAGCAUCCUCGAACGUUGCUAGGAACCCCAAGAAAAAACCUGAUCGUUCGGUCCAGAGGUUGAAACUCGCUAGCUUGGCAUCUUCGAUAGCACCGUCUAAUCUGGGGCUGGUAUCGAAUCCUGCGUCUACCGAGCAUCUAAUCCUUCAAGACUGGACGUAUGUUAUGUCGCCUUCUCUCCUGAGCUACCGCAUGCCUCUCCCCGAUCUCAUACAACACCUCCGUGCAGGCCUCGAGAGCAUUCGAGCGCAGUCGACGAAGCUCGAUCUGCUAUGGGCAUUGAACAAGAAAUCAACGAGAAACCUGCCGUUCGCCCACAUCACAAACAAAGAACCCGAACCGGACUGGCGGCAGUUCGCCACUGAUGAAGAUGAUCUUCCCAUGUUAUUUGACCUCGACGAGCCAGAGCAUGGCCUCAUCAAGCGGGGAAAACCACAAUCCAUCAACACCCAGAAACGCCCUCUCAAGUUAUUUUUCCCUACAUCGCUGCCAACCGGAGAGUCACCGUCUGCCUCGGUCACUGAUGAAAAUGAGAUUGUUGCUUUCCCCGGAUGCACUGACAUGCCGAUUCGGUCGGCUCCAGCAUAUGGGCCAAGUUAUCAGUCUUCCGAUUCCGUUUCUGAUUCUUCGGAACCCACUCAACAACGUGCUCCGUCCGCAUUCAGGAUUGGCGCACUGGAACGUCUUGCGAGCGUGAAGAGACAGCCUCUGGUCGUACCGGAUCGCAGAAGAGAACGAGGAGGCAGCUGA